AUGGGUGAAACGUUCCUUGUUUCUCAAAUUCGUUUAUUAAGAUACCUUGACUUAAGUUUUGUUAAUCUCAGUAAAGCAGUGGAUUGGCAACAAGCAAUAAACAAACUCCCUUUGCUCACAGAAUUGCAAUUGGUUUCUUGUCAACUCCCUCAAACCACCAUUCCACCCUCAUUUGAUCUCUUGCCCACCAAUUCUUCUUCUUCUAUGUCUCUUUCCGUCGGUGGUCUUUCUCGGAAUAAUCUGAUUAGUGGCAUCGUACCCGAUUUAUCCUCGAGGCUUGUUGAUACUCCUGAAAUAGACCUAAGCUCUAAUUGUUUUAACAAUCCAAUACCGUCACUUCCUCCCAAUGUGACGUUAGUAAAUCUCUCCAAAAACAUGUUUUCAGGAUCAAUUUCCAGCUUAUGCGAUUACCCCAUUGGGUUGUUUGGCUAUCUGGAUCUCUCAAAUAAUUCAUUAUCAGGAGAGCUUCCCGACUGUUGGAUGAACAAUGAAUUGCUAAGCAUUCUCAACUUGGCAAAUAAUUAUUUCUCUGGGAAACUUCCUAGCUCAAUAGGCGGUCUACGUAAUUUGCAGACGUUGCACUUGGCCAACAACAAAUUUGUCGGGGAAUUGCCUUUGUCUUUGCAGGAGUGUACACAGAUGAUAGUUCUUGAUUUGGGUGAAAAUAAGUUUGCAGGAGAAAUACCAGCAUGGAUAGGGACACACUUAACAAAUUUGAUCGUUCUUAGUCUUCGCUUGAAUGAGUUCUAUAGAAGCAUACCGCCAAAUAUCUGCCAUCUUGAACACAUUCAAAUCUUGGACUUCUCUCAAAAUAAUAUAUCGGGAACUAUUCCAAGGUGCUUCAACAAUUUUACUUUGCUUCAAAGGAAUACUUCAAGUGGAACCAUUGAGUUUGUUGGACUCUUAGAUUAUGCUCUGUCCGGCUCCUUCCGUGUUGGGGGUAACUACACGGAUUACGCAUUGGUCCAAUGGAAAGGACAAGAGUGGGAAUACAAAAAGAAUUUGGGACAACUUAAAAACAUUGAUCUUUCUAGCAAUAAAUUGGUUUGGAGGAUUCCUAAAAACAUUGUAAGUUUCAAGGGAUUACUUUACUUGAACCUAUCGAGAAACCAUUUGACAGGAACUAUCAUUCAAAGGAUUGGUGAAAUGGAGAUGUUAGAAUGUCUCGACUUGUCUAAGAACCAACUUUCAGGUGAGAUUCCUACAGACUUUGCUCGUUUACAUUUUCUUAGUGUCUUGGACUUGUCGGACAACAACUUGUCGGGUAAAAUUCCAUCAAGCACUCAACUGCAGAGCUUUAAUGCCUCUUCAUGUGCUGGAAAUCCUGAUCUUUGUGGGCUUCCACUUCCUAAGUGCCAAGGAGAUGAAACAGCUGCUCGGGUUCCUGCCGUUACUGAUCAUGGCAUAGACAACAACUUUGAGGAAAAUCAGGACAAGUUGGUGACCUUUGGGUUUUAUGUAAGUAUGGUUCUUGGUUUCAUUCUUUCAUUCUGGGCAGUCCUUGGCACUUUACUGCUCAAAAGAUCAUGGCAACAUGCCUAUUUCCAAUUCUUGAAUGCCAUAAAAGACUGGAUCUACGUGACAACAGCCGUGUAUGCGGCAAGACUACAGAGGAAACUUACGAGCUAUAUGUAG